AUGUUUGUCACUGUCAAGUUUGGAGAGGAUGUCUCAGAAAUUUACAAUCCAGACUGCCGAAAUGACGUGUUGCUUCAGCAUAUCAAAUCGAAAUGCAAACUGGCUGGCACCGAUGAUGUCCUUGAACUGUCGGACGAACGUGGAGUUGUGAAGAACUUGCGGAACUAUCCAACCGACUACGCGGCCGAAUAUCUCAGGGAUCGAGAAAUCCUUAUAUUGUUGAGGGUUGAUGGAACAAGCAGUUCAAUGAGCGAAGACACAGAAAUGGAGAGAUCAACAUUUGUCCCUCUCUUGCACGGCUUGGAGGACAACGCCGAAUUCCAUGACACAUUGAAUCCUAAAGCUGAUGUUAUGAGCGACUCGAAGUCUGAAUCAAGAUCGGCAAGACGAAAAGGCGUCAAGAGCAGAUUAUCCAAAAAACCCAGUAAUGGGGUAAAAGAAAAGGCGGGAAAGAAACACUGA